AUGAAGGAAACUCUGUGGGUUUUUAUUUCCUCUUUCCCUUGCCCCAGCAUUCCCACCGCAUCCUUCCUCCUGCUCCUCAGUUGCCCCCGCAUUCCCACCGCAUCCUUCCUCCUGCUCCUCAGUUGCCCCCGCAUUCCCACCGCAUCCUUCCUCCUGCUCCUCAGUUGCCCCCGCAAUUCCCACCGCAUCCUUCCUCCUGCUCGUCAGUUGCCCCCGCAUUCCCACCGCAUCCUUCCUCCUGCUCCUCAGUUGCCCCAGCAUUCCCACCGCAUCCUUCCUCCUGCUCCUCAGUUGCCCCCGCAUUCCCACCGCAUCCUUCCUCCUGCUCCUCAGUUGCCCCCGCAUUCCCACCGCAUCCUUCCUCCUGCUCCUCAGUUGCCCCCGCAUCCUUCCUCCUGCUCCUCAGUUGCCCCCGCAUUCCCACCGCAUCCUUCCUCCUGCUCCUCAGUUGCCCCCUGCAUCCUUCCUCCUGCUCCUCAGUUGCCCCCGCAUUCCCACCGCAUCCUUCCUCCUGCUCCUCAGUUGCCCCAGCAUUCCCACCGCAUCCCUCGUUCCCAUGACUGCCCAAACUUGGCUUGAUCCCGUGUAAUUUAUUUAGCGUAAAACUGCUUUUUGUAUUCAUCAGUGGUUUGUAUUGAUGAUGAUGAUGAUGAUGAUGAUGAUGUAUAGUUUCCAAGUGAUGUACAUGUGUACGUAUGUCUGCAAACAGUCACAGUUGUUGUGAACAUAUAGGCCUGCCUAAUAUGAGAAGAAAGCUUGUGCAGCUUUUCCCACUCACCUCCACUAGAGGGAGCAUGUGUGCAGGUUUUGACUGCUCCUGUCAGAACAGAGUAGCUUUUCUCUUGUAGAAGUGUGUGGGUUUCCUGACAUCACUGUAAAUAGAUGCUACAUGUACAUUCAUACACACUACACUUUCACUGUGCUGGGAUGCUGUUAUCCUUUUAUUUUGUCAAGCCUACAUCAAAGACGUACAAAAAUGUUAACACCAUUUCAAGGUGCUGAUUUAUUUUUUACCUUUUUUGUAUUUCCAUGUAGGCUACAAAACAGAAAAAUCUGAUCUAAGAAAUAUUCUCAGAUGUAAUGGACAGAAAAUGGCAUUGUGAAUCUUUUCUAAAGAAUUCAGUAUAGAAAUAGUCGAGUCAGUCUUGUGGAAAUAUGGGCUGAACUGAGACAAAAUUUCUCUCCUCUGAGCUGGGCAUAUGACCUUCAACCUUUGGCUGACCUUUGAUUGUCCAGGAUUAAGUGCGUCUCCAUGGCUACAUUGGAAGUGUACAUCGGUCACGUUGACUUCAUUUACUCUGUUCCUCUGACAUAUCUGUCCAUCUGGGAUACAGCCCCCCCCCCC